AUAACGAUAGACGGGAUUUGCCCGAGAAUACAUUAAUUAAAAUAAGUUUAAGUGAGCUAGGAAAGUUUUUCAAUAAAAAGCAACAACGUUUUUGCGAUCCGAUAUCAGUGUAAUCAUCUACAAAAAGAAAAAAAUGAUGGAGAAAAUUCUCAAAUCCUUCAAAACCUUUUUUGGAUGUGUCAAUGCUAAUUCCGCAAACCUUGAGAUUGACGUCGAUAGACAUGAAGACGACGAAGUGAACAGUGAAAAUGACCGUUUGGUGGAGGAGGAGCAGGCAGUUGGGAUGAUUGUGGCUGAAUUUAAGAACCAAGAAGAUGGUGAUUCAAACUGUGAUUUGGUGCCAGAGUCCAGGGUUAUAGAACUGGACUACUAUGAUGAAGAGGGGGAAUGCGAUGAAAUCGUUCUGGCAAUAUGGUCGGAGGAGGACAGGAAUAUACCGUACAUCCAAGCGCCGGUAUACUUGUAAGGGAAAGUACAAGGAAUCGCCAUUCAUGGAAGUUAUUACUUAUAAAUUUCUUAAUAUUUUUCUCUCUCUAAAGACAUACGAUUUAUUAUAAAUCAAAUGAAAUUGCCGUAAAGUAAAUCAAAAAGUGUCCGCGAAAAGUGAAAACGUAACCCGAAGGCGGGGAAAGCCCCGUUUUCCGCACCUUACGUAAUUUACGAGAGAUUCACCUCUCCUCCCAGCACUCGCUCAAUAUAGAUCGAAUUUGUUUGGAGGUGGGUCCUCAGGCCUGGCCAUUUAUCUUGGCCCACCUCCGGUUAUUCGAGCCCCCCUCGAUCUAUCUAUCAAAAACCGUCUUCUUAUUAAUACAUAUACCCUCAACAUAAAAUUUAAUUUUUCAUUCAACGCGUCUCUAUCUUCUUCACUCCUGCUCUUCUUGCAAUAAUAAUAUAAAGGGGAAUGGUGCAAAAGUAAACUGAAAUUGAUGCGUGACACUUUGCCGCGAAACGAGAUUAGUCUAUGAUAGAUUAGGAACUGAAACGAUUACAUAAAAAAAGGAGCGUGAGACGGAGAGAGAAAGAAGGAAGUGCGCUCGGCAAGUUCCCAGACCUUUGCCCCAAAACCCUUCGAACAAAUUUGGAACUUUAAAUACCCACCGCGGAGGCAACUUCAUUCUUCAAUGUAAAUUUAUGCAGAGUUAACAAAGUUUAACCUACAUAUUUUUCAGGAAAUUUAAGCGGAAAAACAAGUAUAUACUUUUCUGGGAGACAAGAAAAAGCACCACAGUUAUGCACUAAAGCUUUAAAUCAUGUUUUUAAAUAAUGCAGUUUAUUUUUUGUAAAUAUUUUAAUUAGGAAAAGUUUUUAUUGUAAUAAUUACGAAACGAAUUAAAUAAGCUGUCGGUCGUCGCAGUAAACAUAUUUCAUAAAUACAAAUUAAGACUAAUUGCGUUCUAGUGAUUGUAAAUAUCGAUUAUUACUAUUUAAUAUAAACGUUGGUCGAAGAAAACGUUAAUGACGGUAAAAUUUGCAAAAUGUUUUUUAUUUCAGGUAUUGACGUGUCUUCCCAUCGAAGAUGGCCGCUUUGUAUAUAAUUCUAUAACAAAUUAUAGUCCUUGUUCAAACGUUCUAUUUUGUAUUUAAAUAUUUUUAAUUUGUCGAAAUUUCAGUAUACUACAGUGCAAUUAUUUGUAAAUUGUAUUUAUAUUUUUAUAU